AUGGCUUCAUCAUCCCACCAAAACAACCCUCCUCAUGAGAACGAGGACAACAACAAUAACAAUAACAAUGACGAUGAUUACAACAAUGACCCUUACGCAAACUAUCCUACUGAAACGUCCAAGCGCAAGAAGGGCAAAGGUCGGAAGAAGGUGGCCUUAGCUCGCAUCGAAAACGAUACGAGCCGCCAGGUCACCUUCUCGAAGAGGCGCAACGGCCUCUUCAAAAAGGCGAGCGAGCUCAGCACCCUCUGUGGGGCUGAAGCCGCCGUCAUCGUCUUCUCCCCUGCCGGAAAGGCCCAUUCCUUCGGUAGCCCCUCUGUCGACGCCAUCACUGGUCGUUUUCUUGACCAAAUGAACCUUUACCCAGAAAACGCUCCCCUUCCGCCUCUACCCCCACCCCGACCACAGAACCCCGUCAUGCUCCAACAAAACCGUGAGCUCGACGAGCUCGAGGAGCAGUUGAACGCCCAAAAGAAGUCCCUUAACCAAUAUGAGGGCAACAAGACGAUCAACAUCAACAAGCUCGACUACAAAGGUCUCGACAAGCUCAAGAACUCUAUAAAAGGUAUGAAGAAAGUCUUGAAUGUGAUCAAGUCGAAAGAUAGGGGGAAUCUCCCUGCAAACUCUCACCCAGAGGGCCCGCAUCCCGUAGAAGGGGCCGGAGGGGUCUUCCCGCAACUGAUGGCCCCCGGAGGUGGUCCGGGAUUGGGUUUUCCAAUGAUGGACCCCAAUAUCCAAAUGCCAAACUAUGGGGGCCUACCUCCUUUGGGUGGGUCCUCGGGCUACGUGAGCAACACUGGCAUGCCAUUCUUUCCUUACAUGUUUGACCCUAACCUUAACCAUAACCCUAACCCUAACCUUAACCCUGGGUUUGUGGACCCAUUUAAUCCUACUCUAGACCAGGGUUUUGGGGUCCCGUUCCAAUUUCCUCUAUUGGAGGGCAGCUCAAAUAUCACCCCUGGGCAACAGCCUCACCCUGGCCAGGAUAUGCUGUCGUACGAUCGUGUCAUAGAUGGUGUCAGCCCGAGGGAACAAGGAGAGGGAUCUAGCAGAGGAAGACAGAGCAAUAAUGAGGAGAAUUCGAUGGAAUUUGCUAGGGAUAAUCGUGGUCGUGGUCGUGGUCGUGGUCGAGGACAAUAA